AGGAAGCAUAAACUUACGACGUCUGGAAGAAAUUACAGAUGCAGAAAAAGUGGUACAAGUAGAAUGAUUCGACAGUUCAAGACUUUAAUCUGUAUGCUUGAAAAAACUUGAAUUUAGAUGAGUUCUUGUCAGUAACACUGACUACUAUUUAUAAUAAGGAAUAACGUUUUUUUUAUUCUUAAAAAUAACAAAUUACAUUACCAAAGAACUGACAAGAUAAUAUAAUAUAUACAUAAGUGCAGUAUAAAUGUAGACUAUAUGAUGUAAGUACAAGAAGGAAAAAAAAGAAAACUUGAAAACAAUUUCCUGAGCUUUGAAAGAAAACGUGGAUAUUGCACUGCCUUGGAAUUGUCUUAUUUUGGGUUUUUACUAAAAUCUUAGACAUGCUUUUGUGAAGUUUCAUCCAAUUUCACUCCAGUGCUGAAAAGGGAUCCUCAUCAGACUGCAGAAGUUCCAUCACACAGGAGAACAAGACUCCGUCAUAAAGCUGCUUCAAGAUGAGGUGUGACAGAGUCAUAACCUACUUGAGGGUAUUUGGGACGACAAUGUUUGGAGUAUCCUUGCUCCUGGGAAUCACCGCUGCCUAUAUUAAGGGGUACCAAUUCAUUGCGACUGACAAUCACUAUUUCUCAUUUGGACUUUAUGGUGCCAUUUUGGCCCUGCAUCUCAUCAUCCAAAGCCUUUUUGCCUACCUGGAGCACCGGAAAAUGAGGAGAUCCCUGGAGACUCCCAUCAAAUUGAACAAAACACUUGCCCUCUGCAUCGCUGCUUACCAGGAAGACCCAAACUACCUAAGAAAGUGUCUGAUGUCCGUCAAAAGACUUACCUACCCCGGGAUAAAAGUAAUCAUGGUAAUUGAUGGAAACAACGAGGACGAUAACUACAUGAUGGACAUCUUUAAAGACGUCAUGGGAAGGGACAAGGCUGCUUCUUACAUCUGGAAAAGUAACUUUCACCACAAAGGGCCUGACGAAACUGACGAGUCCCACUUGGAAAGCAUGAAGCAUGUGACCCACUUGGUCUUGUCCAACAAAUGCAUCUGCAUAAUGCAGAAAUGGGGAGGAAAGCGAGAAGUAAUGUACACAGCCUUUAAAGCCCUUGGGAAGAGUGUGGAUUAUGUGCAGGUUUGCGAUUCAGACACCAUGUUGGACCCAGCAAGCUCCGUUGAAAUGGUGAAAGUGUUAGAAGAAGACCCAAUGGUGGGAGGAGUUGGAGGCGAUGUGCAGAUUCUGAACAAGUACGAAUCCUGGAUAUCGUUCCUCAGCAGCGUGAGGUACUGGAUGGCCUUCAACAUCGAGCGUGCCUGCCAGUCGUAUUUUGGCUGCGUGCAGUGUAUCAGCGGACCUCUGGGGAUGUACAGGAACUCCCUCCUCCACGAGUUCCUUGAGGACUGGUAUAACCAAGAGUUCCUGGGCAGUCAAUGCAGCUUUGGAGAUGACAGACACCUCACAAACCGUGUACUGAGCCUUGGAUAUGCCACCAAGUACACCGCCAGGUCCAAGUGCUUAACAGAAACCCCCAUUAGAUAUCUACGGUGGUUGAACCAGCAGACACGGUGGAGUAAAUCCUAUUUCAGAGAAUGGCUGUACAAUGCAAUGUGGUUUCAUAAGCACCACCUGUGGAUGACCUAUGAAGCUGUGAUCACUGGGUUCUUCCCCUUCUUUCUUAUUGCCACAGUAAUCCAGCUGUUCUAUCGAGGGAGAAUAUGGAACAUCCUUUUGUUCCUGUUGACUGUUCAGCUGGUGGGCCUCAUCAAGUCGUCCUUUGCCAGCUGUCUCCGUGGCAACAUUGUCAUGGUUUUCAUGUCCUUCUACUCGGUUUUGUACAUGUCCAGUUUGCUCCCAGCUAAGAUGUUCGCAAUAGCAACCAUCAAUAAAGCGGGCUGGGGCACAUCAGGUAGGAAAACAGUCGUGGUCAAUUUCAUAGGGCUAAUUCCAAUAUCAGUGUGGUUCUCUAUCCUCUUGGGUGGUGUUAUUUUCACGAUAUACCAAGAAACAAAAAAGCCCUUUUCGGAGUCGGAACAGACUAUUUUAAUCAUUGGUGCAAUACUGUAUGCCUGCUACUGGGUCAUGCUCUUGACGUUGUACGUGGUACUCAUUACUAAGUGCGGAAGGAGGAAAAAAGAGCAGCAAUACGACAUGGUGUUUGAUGUGUGACGUCCCAUUCCCUUUCAUUAUGUUUACAUUGUGAUGAUUUUCGGACUCCUCCACAGAGGAUUCUGGCUGGGCGACAGGUGGAGAUGUGUCGCCAGGAGAGACGGAUCAUUGCUGCUGUGACUAAAUCAAAAAGGACGUUCCUUUUCUUAACGUUGGGAUAACGUGCCAAAGUUGAACAUCCGUUCAAUCGAUUUAAAACCACCAAAUGGACACCCUGUUUACAUACAUGGGACUGGCAUGAGUUUUAAAUUCCUGUGCACUUUCAUGCAUCACUCUCAUCGCGUGUAAUGCUUGACAGAGAUAAUGAAGAAUAUACCUCAGUGGUUUUGUUUGCAUUGUGUGGGUGAUUGGGAAGCUCAUUCUCAAUUCAGAUAAUUUAUCAGAAAAAAAAUAAUGUGGGACGUUUUUAGAUACAGUUUUGUAAUGAAUGCCAAAGGUGGACUUUUCAGCAUGUUGGCCAUGCUGAAGCUACUUCAUCCUAUUUUAUAAUUUUUGUAUUGUAUUUGUACUGCAGUUUAUACAAACCUAAUGUUUAUUUUUGCUUAGCCAUCAAAGAGUUUCUAUUUUCAUUUGCCUUUUUUAUAAAAAAAUUAAAUAAAAUAAAUUGUGCAUGGGCAACUGUUUAUAUGACAUGGACCUUUAUUUGACCAAAAAUGUGAAACAUUAUUCUGGGUUUAUGUGUUUGCAAUGAUAACAAUAAAUGCAAUUCUAUGAAUAAAUUAUUACUUUGAAAGAAGAUGAACCUGUGUUUUUAAAAUAGUGUAAAUGGGUUAAUAACCAGCAUAUUUAUAUAAUUAAGCCUUCUGUGGUUUAUAGCUUUUUGUAGUGGAAUUAUAUUUUAUCACUUUCAAUGUCUACAAAACAGUUGUCUUAUAAUUGGUUAAGCUGUGAUAGGACAGUUUUCCAAAGAGGUAUUUGGAUUUGAAACCAAAUAUGUUUACAGGUCCAUACAAAAAUGUACCCGUUCCGGAAAUAAUGUUUAUAAGGAAAAAUGACUGCUUCCAAAAACAAAACCAACGAUAAAAUUAUAAUGACUAUAAUGCAGUACAGUAUCGAAAUAGUGCACAAAGCCCAGUUUUGCACAAAACAUCAGGGUUUUCAAAGCUGAUUUUCUGAUUUCUGUGCUCGUGCAAUGUGAUUUUUGUAAAUACAAUUUUGAAAAUAAAAAAUGAAAAAAAUAAACUUGCCAGAAUACAUUAAAUAAUUUGAUUACAUCUGGGCUGUGACUUCAGUCUUAAGAACAAACGUGUGAAACAAUUUUGAGUAUUUUUGUGUUUGCCAGUUAUACAUAGCCGAUAUGGAUAAAAAAGCACUUUCAUGGUGUGAGAAAAAUUAAAAUGUGU